AUGCGGGAGUAUUUCGCGGUCAGUAAGCAUGUCGGCUUUCACAAUCACAAUCGCAUGCAGGGACCCCGCGAGUCACUCGAGGACUUCGCCAUGGAGCUGGAACGCCUGGGCAGAUGCGUGCUCGGCGAGUUGCCGGCUGCGACACGCCCUCGACAUGGCCUGCCGCAUCAACGCCCAGUGCCGACGACGCUCAACCGCUGCCGUGAUGACCGUCGCUGCCGUGGACCCAGACGAUCUCGUCGGCGCACCCCGGAGAGUAAACCCCUUCCGGAAUUCCGUGUCGCCCUCGGGAAACCAGCUGCCGUCAACCUCUCGGGGCGGAGGUUGACAGUCAACACCGACAGCCCCAGCGAGCGUGUGCUCACGCCCGCCAUUCCUUAUCGGCGGCCAAACAACCGCCGCACACCUCCAGCUCGCCCUCAAUCCUGGAUUACUGGAGCGGGUCCCCACCCCUGCGACCCUGCGCCACCCCUCGAAGCGAAGCCGCCGCCCACCGAGCAACCUGGUGCCCGACAGAGUCUUCCUCCCCGUCGAGUCGAAGCCGUCCUGGCCCCCUUGCUCUCGCCGCCGCCGCUCGAUCAGAGUGCCCAGCAGCCACGGGACCUUGAGAUCGCCGCAGCCCCGAACGCCUCGCAGCACCUCGACGAGAAGCCGCCGCCAACCGAGCAACCGGGCGCCCGACACAGUCUUCCUCCCAGUGGAAGCCGCCGCCCGAAGACAGUGCCGAUUCGUCUCAGGAGUUACAGUUUGCCGCGAUCUGGCACGUCGCCACCGUGCCCCGGCCGAGUGGCCUUCCGAGCACCCCCACCCAAGAAGCUGCCGGAUAGGGAACCCCUGCAAGGGAAGUGCCGUCCGCCGCCGAGUCCUACGGGACCACACCGCCGCCGCCUGCAGAAGGAGAGGAAUCGGACGUGA